UGCCUUCGAUCUUUGCUUCGUCCUCCGUUUCUUUACCUUUCUUUGUUCCUUAACGUGUUUAAUCUGGAUUCGUUUCAUUUUUUUUGCAUUUUAAUUGAUAAUUGAAAUUGUCGUGGAUGGAAACGCAGAAAAGCAAUACAGAUUGCCUCUACUUUUUGGCUUCUCCCCUCACCUGCAAGAAGGGGAGUGAAUGUGAGUAUCGUCACAAUGAUAGUGCAAGACUUAAUCCAAGAGAUUGCUGGUAUUGGUUGAGUGGCAGUUGCCAUAAUCCCAACUGUGCUUUUCGACAUCCCCCACUUGAAGUGUUCAAUGGAGUAAAAGCUGAUUUCUUUUAUACCCCUUCAUUUUCCGCUGUCCCCACGAGCAAGUUGAAUGUUCCUUGCUACUUCUACUUUAAUGCAAUUUGUGCCAAAGGAGAGCAGUGCCCUUACCUUCAUGAUACCUUUCCUACUCAAAAAGCUUCAAGAGUAGUUCCUGAAGCAGCUGCUAAUUGUCCUCUUCAAAAUAAAAUAUCCAGUGGUGAUACUGGACUAGCAUCAGUAGAACUUCCAGCAGAAUCCUUGGUGCUGAGCAAAACGAUGGAGGUUUCCCAUCAGGCAGUUCCUAGCUGUGCACUGGAGGAAUUUAGCCCCUCGAUACAGUCCAUAUUGCCCGAAUGUGAGGAGCCAGCUGACAACCCGAUUCAAUCUGUUGAGCUUUUGGAUCAUAAUGGUCAAAUUUCUCCUUAUCAGAGUUCUGAGGAAAUUGCGAAAGAGUGCGUCGAGCAGGAAUUAGAUAAGCGAUGGGAAUCUUCACCAGAAUUUGAUGUACUUGUUGAUGGUGGUUCAAAGCAAUUGGCCUAUGAGGAGGAUGUUGAUUAUCAACUUGCUCAUAUUAGAGAAUCUGAGUUAUUUCGCAGCAGCUUAGUCGAGUAUGAUUUUGAUGGCCCUGCUUGUUAUGACCAUAUUGGUUAUCCUGAAGGACUUAACGAAAAGUUUGAUUACAUCGAUGAUAUUUAUGCUGCUGGUUACUUUCAGCAUAGCUCUCAUUUACCAAGGGAAGAGAUAAUAUUUGAGCCAAUGCAUGACGAUCAUCCGAAACAGAAAUUGCUGCGUAGGGUCCAUGAAUUGCAUGCCAGAGAAGAUGCUGCUUUGGACCUUCGAGAACAUCUGAAGAAGCGCAGGAGGAUUGAUGGUCGCUGGCUACCCUUCUAUUCUAGAAAACGUUGCUGGUCCCAUGCACUUCCUAGGAGCCAGGAACAACUUACAAGACGUGGAAUAAAUGGUUCGAUACACUGUAGGUGUGCUUCACAACGAGGGCGGUGUAUGAAUACUUCUUCAAACGGUGACACAUAUCAUGAUAGGCAAAGGUGGCAACAAGUUCAAUCAGGAACUAGCAAGUUCACCCGUUCCAAACAUCGGGAGAGGGAAAAGAGAAGACAGAAAAACUCUCGUAUCACCUCUGAGGUUCAACAGAGCUAUGCUCCUGAUGCAGAGAAAUCUGCAAAAGUUAUUAGUAAUGGUUUUGAUGGACCGAAAACUCUAGCCCAAAUCAAAGAAGAGAAAAACAGAUCCAAGGCAGAUUUUACGAACUAUCAGGAUUUUAGACCUCAGCUUCAAAGGCGUCAAGCGACCGUGGACUUUGAGGGACCAAAACCUUUAGAGGAAAUUCUUAAAGACAAGAGAAGAUUUGGAAAACCUCAAGAUAGUAUGUGGGCAAAGUUGGAGCACGUUGAUCUAAGUUGCCAGGUUAAGUAUAGGACAACUGGAGCUGAAGUAAAUGAUCGGCAUCUCGAGGCUACUGCUGGCAAGCGAAAUAGAGAAUUUCUUAAUGGCUAUCAGAUUAAUGAAAUUGGUGGCUAUGGCGGUAGUGACAAUGUUGAUGAUGAUGAUAUCUUCCGGACCAAGCUGGUUAACGUACUUUCUCAUUAGGGUCUUCGGGUGAUCUCACAGGUUUUUUCUGGGUUCUUAUUGGUGAAAUUCAACUCAUUUCUUCUAUCAUGUAGGUGAUUUUUUAUCCUUUAGGUGAUUUUUGAUAUAGUAUAAUUUUGAAGACAGUGUAAGUUUAGGUUUCCUAGUGUUACUACUAGCUUCCCUGUUUGGCGCUCCCUUGAGAAUGAGAGUUGCUUCUCGUUGAGCACUGCUACAUUUUCGGCAUCUGUGCUGUUUGCAGUUUAA